AUUCCUGCAAGCAUGGUACAGCCUGACUUAACAGUUUAGGUCACAUAGAUGCUCGUAACGGAGUCCUGAUGCCGAGGCUGCCCCUCUAAUCCUUUGAUGUCCUCUUGCGUUCUUUCUAAGGCAGCCCCUCUAAUUUAUAACAUUGCAUUUCCCUUAGGGUCGACCAUAAUUUCCUCCUCCCCGCACCUAGCGAAUGAUAUGGUUUCUCCUUAGUUUUUUUUCUUCACCGUCCACCCCGCAUCGUACGGCGUCGCAAUAGCGGACCAGCGUGCCGAGGGGCCGCGACAAUGGCCGCCGUUCCCGCUCUAAGCAAGUUGAACGGCUUCGCCGAAACGUCCGACUACUCCCUCGCGCGCGGCUCCGACUUUUGCGCGCAUUCCGGCGCUUCCAAGCACCCGAGUCGAUCGGACGAAUCAGCUGCUGCGAAGUCGUUGCGUAACGGCAUGUCAGGACCCGUCGGUAGGGCCGCACCAGGGACCGUCGCAUCUGGGGGGUUUAACCAGAGUAACCCGAAUAAUCACGGUAACCCGAAUAACCAGGGUAACCAGCCGAAGCUGAAGCUGUCGCAGGUGUACGCGCAGAUGGUGGAGCAGCAGCAGAAUCUCAUAGUGCAACACGGGCUCUCCGGCGCAGCCGCAGUCGCCGGCGCUAACGGCACCCACGCCGCCGCUUCCGCAGAAGCCGCCGCCGCCGGCGCUGCCGCGAGCGGAGCCGGCUCGAAGGGCGCCAAAGGUCGGGAUCAGGGGGAAGCGGGGGUCUCGUCGGUGGAGCAGCAGCAGCAGCAGCAGCAGCUUUCGCGGAGGAACGCGCAGCACUCCUCCCCGCCGCCUGCAUCAGCGCAGGCGCAUAGUCCUCAGCGGGGGGGAGCCGCGGAAACGGGGAAGCAGGAUAGCGGGGGAAUGGCGCGGCGACCGCCCCCUCUGCAGCUUCAGAAUGGCAACUCGUCCGAGCAUGACACGUCAGCAGCGUCGCAUUCGCAAUCGCAAUCGCGGUCGCAGUCGCAGUCGCAGUCGCAGUUGCAGCCCCACUCACAGUCGCACGGCGGCAGCCAGGAGUCGCGUGCGACAAAACAGUACACGCAUUCUCAGUCGCUGGACGAGCGGAAACUCGCCGCGCUUUCCGCCCAUUCCGCCGACCCCCUGCGCGCGGAGCUCCUCCGCGAGGCCGCGCAGGCGCAGCACGACGCCGCGCGCCUGCGCGAGGAAGUGGCGCGCCUAUGGCAGGAAGUCGCGCGCGCGCGUGAGGAGGGCGCGCGGAUGGGGGAACGCGCCGCAGCCUCCCUCGAAACCGCCGCAGCGGCGCUAGAAAAAGCCGCCGCACUCGGCAACGCGGGAGGCGCGGGCGUAGCGCGAGCCACGUCAUCAUCGUCCUCCGUACCGCUACCCCGCCACGUGCGCACGGAAGGCGGAAGCGGGAUACUCUCCCCGUCCGGGCGGAUUUCCCCCUCCGCGCGCUCCCCCAGCAGCGGUGGCGGCCUGCACCCGUCCGUGCGCCGGCAACUCUCCAAUUCCUGGAGUGACUAUGGCGGGGGGGACGGUAGCGCGAGUCCCGGUAGCGCGGGUCAGGUGAAAGCAUUUCAGCGCCUGCAAGCCGCCAAGUCCCUGGGUCUGCUCCCCCUUCCCCCCGCGGGGAGCGUGUCCAGCGCGGGCCCCGACGAUCACGGCAGCCCCCCCGGACUGGCGGACAGCCCCGAGGGCUUCGAGGGGGGGGGCGGCGGAAGCGGAAGCUUUAGCAGCCGCGCGCUGGCGGAGAGCGUGGAGAGGGCUUCUGCGUGGACUGCGGGGCUGGAAGGAAUAGACGCAUCUGCGCCCGCUUCCGCCGCGGCGGCUGCGGGGGCGGCGGGAAAAGGGGGGAGAGCAGGCGCGUCCGCUGCGGGAGCCGCGGGAUCGGGAAGCGCGGGAGGGGCGGGGGGAGGGUCUCGCGGAGGGGGAAGAGGGGCGCGCGAGUCUGGGGGUGGCGGGGGGGAUAACUACCCGCCGUCUAGCCCGGAUUCUGUGACGUCAUCCCGGCGCAGCGCGCGCGGAAGCACCAUGAGCGGAAGCAUCAACUCCUUCCCCCCGCUCCCCGGACUCGUGCAGCUCCAAGCCAUGGUCCCCGCGGGCCGCGGGUCCGUCCCCCCCAGCCCCGCCACCAGCUCCCCCGGCGGCGCGCCUUCCGCGGGUGCGGCGGGGCGAGCGGGUGGGAGAGCAAGCCCCGUAGUAGGGGGGGCGCAAGGGAGGGAAAGCGGCGAAGGGGGAGAAGCGGGGGGAAUGGCGCGGCUGGAAUCUCUCCACUUACCCCCCUCCGCCUCCGCUUCCGCCUCCGCCUCCCCUUCCGCCAUGCACCGCUACAGCUCCAUGGACGUAGGGGUUCUUCUCUCCACCGCUUCGCUCCCCCCCGACUCCUCCCUCUCCGCCGGCGUUCCGCACUCCACCCCGCGCCUGCUAGGCCUGGCGGACACAGAGCCCGAGCUAACCGCGCGCCUGCGCAGCGCCAUCAGCGGGAACGGCGGAAUGGGGGGCGCGGGAAUGCUAUCCGCGUCCCCCCCCCAGGCAGGGCGGUCAAGCUCGUUCGGGGGAGGAGGCGCGGGCGGAAGGGGGACAUUGCAGGGGGGAGCAGGCGGAAGCGGUAGACAAGCGUUUGGUCCGGCGGGCGGCAGGCCUGGGGGAGGCUUGAGCCGAGCCUUGUCAGUAGCCUCGGGGCAGGUGCUGCCAGGUGCGGUGGGGGGGCAAGGGGGAGGCGGAGGGGGGGGCUCGGGGGCGGAGGAGGCAGGGGCGGACGGGCGGGGGAAGAUGUGGCGGCAGGGAUCAUGCGCUGACUCACUGCUCCAGCCGUCGCUGUCGUUUGAGGGGGCGCGGACGGAGAGGGGGGCGGGCGGAGGGGCGGAAGGGAAGGGGGGAAGGAGAGGAGCGGUGGGUCUGGGGAAUAUCCAGGUGCCGAGGAGACAGGGCGCGGAGGCGUGGGGAGGGGGAGCGGGGGGUGGAGGGGGAGGGGGAGGAGCGAGAGGUAGCGGUGUGGCUGUGGCGUUAUCCCCGUCGUUUGAUGGUAUCGUGCACCAUGAGCAGGAGAUGCAUGCCGGGCUUAAACACUCCGCUGCUGCUGCUGCUGCUGCUGCUGCUGCCGCCGUUGCUGCUGGUGCUGCUAGUCCGAUCACUGCCGGCUCGCGAACUCUGGAGCGCAGCGACGACGAGGACUCCUCACUCUCACCCUCACCAUCCUCGUCAGCAUCAUCAUCACCAGCACCAGCACCAGCACCAGCACCAGCAGGCAAGGGGUCAGCAGCAGCCGCUGCUGCUGCUGCUGCCGCUGCUGGUGGUGGUGCUGCAAGGCCUCUCUCUUCCCUGUCGCCUGACCUCCGGCCCGUGCGUGUGAGCAGCCCCCACCAUCCCGACUCCGACGAAUCAGAUUCCAACGCCAGCACCCCCCGAUCCACAGGCUCGGGGCCCGGUUCGGCCCGAGCCUCUGCAACAGGGGGAGCAGGGGGAUCCGGAGCCUCCCCUUCCUCCCCUGCAUCCGCCCCCUUCCCGCAUGACUCUGCAGGGGGCCGCGGAGGAGGCGGGGGCAUGCAGGGGCGCAGGGGGAGGGGGCGGGGGCCAGGGGGGGGGAUUCCGGGAGGGGGAAGGGGAAGGGCGAUGGCAAUGUUAGCAGCAGGGGGGGGAGCGAGGGGGGGGGUUGGCGCGGAGGGGAGCGAGGGGGCAGGAGGGAGAGGAGGGGGAGGGGGGGUGUUUUCUGGUGCAGGAUCCGGGAGCUUUGCCUUCCAUGAUGGCGGAGAGGAAGGAGGGGGAGCCGCGGAGAGAGCAGCAGUGAGAGCUGCUGGCGCUGCUGCCGCCGCCGCAGCUGUGGCAGCAGCUGCCAUAGCAGGAGGAGGGGAAGGGAGAGAGGGAGUAAGGGCAGGCGGGAGAGCGGCAGUGGUGAAGAGCCUUAGUAUGACGGGUAGUGGGAGCUUUGCUUUCCGUGCCCCGAGUGACCCUCUCGCGACGCCUGCGUCCCCGGAAAGCAGCCCCAAACUCAAACGCCCUUCCUCGAGUGGUGACUCUGCUGCUGCUGCUGCUGCUGCUGGGGGUGGGUCCUCCUCCGCUGCUGGUGGUGCUGGUGCUGCUUCGCCUCCUCUUGCUGCUAGAUCCGCUGGUGCAGCGCGCAUGGGUGCUGCUGCUGGCUCUGCUGUUGCCGGUGGUGCUGGUGCGGGUGCUGCUGGUUCUGGCUCUGGCUCUGGUGCUGGUGCUGGUGCUGGUGCUGGUGCGAACAUGCGUGGGUUGCGAAGGGCGGUGUCGGGAGUCCCAGAAGGCCGCACCUUGUCAACCGCAGCAGCAGGAGCAGGGGGGGCAGGAGGACCAUCGCGCAUGGGGGCAGCAGGAAGCCGGGCGUUGCGGCGAGCAGUAUCCGGAGUACCGGAUGCAAGGAUGCAGAACCAAAACCAGAGCCUGGCAGGAGCAGGAGCAGCAGGAGCAGCAGGCGCAGGAGCAAGGGGUCUGAGACGGGUGGGUGCCGCUGGUCGUGGCGGCGGGGGCACGGCCACGGGCACAGGCACAGGCACAGGAAUUGGCAUAGCUUCGUCCGCAGACCAGGAUCAGUUCCGUCGCCAGCACUCCCUGUCAACUGCACAGAUGGGGGUCGCAGGAGGGAGAGGAGGAGGCAGGGGGGGAGGGGGCAGAGGGGAAGCAGGUGGAUCGGGGCUGCAGCGCCACAAGUCUGUGGGAGGGCAGUUCUUCCAGCCACACCUGCCAGGUGCUCCAGGUGCUCCAGGUGCUCCAGGUGCUGUUACAAGCCAGACACUCACAGGUGGUGCUGGCAUGGGGAGGGGGGCUGGAGUGGGGAGGGGAGGAGGAGGGGGGCCGGUCAAGCCGCUUGCUCCUGGGACAAACAACAGCAGCAGUGGCAGCAGCGGCGGUGGCAGUGGCAGUACGGCUAGCAGUGGUGCUAGUGCCAGUAGCAGCAGUGGGAGCAACGGCAACGGCAACAGCAACGGCAACAGCAACAGCAACAGCAACAGCAGCAGUGCGGCUGCAUCAUCAGGCGCGCCUGCAUUCCCAUGGGUACCCGCCUCAGUGUCUGCUCCUGGCAGCAAGGGGCGCGGUGGGGGCGCUAUGGCAGCAGCGGGGGGGAGCAACGGAGCAGGAAGAGGAGCCAAGGACUCAUCACCAGGACCCCCAGCAUCAGCAUCAGCGUUGUCCCUUGCUCGGUCUGUGAGCAUGGACCCUGUGGCUAAGCCGCACUGGAAGGAGAGUAUCAUGCUGCAGCAUGCUGCGCAGGGGCGAGGGGCAGGCCGGGGGGCAGGUGGAGGAGGACGAGGGGGAGGAGGGGGUGCAGGGGGUGGAGUGGGUGGAGGAGGAGGAAUGGGCAGAGGUGGGAGCAGCAGCAUCUUUGCUGUUAAUUCCGUUUCCGCGCAUGGUGGUGGGCUUGGGCAAGCGUCGGGCAACAUGGCAGCAGCAGGAGCAGCAGGGGCAGCAGGAGCAGGAGGAGUAGCAGUGGAUAUUCACAGCCGCCCUCUCAGCGGCGGGAGCUUCUUUGCUAGAUACGCAGGGGCAGGCACAGGAUCAGCAGCCGCAGGAGGAGCCGGAGCAGGCAGGGCAGGGGGAUCAGGGGGAGCAGUGGGAGAAGCGAGAGGAGGGGUGGGCGGCGCAAUGACGGGCGUUGGAGGAGGAGGAGGGGGGGGCGUGGAUAGUCAGGGGUUGUUGCGGGCGCAGAGCUGCAGCAUAGCGGAGCUGGUGCUAGCAGAGCCGUUCCUGGUGAAGACCACGUCGUUCCAUCUCGCCGGGGGCAUGCUGCAGGAGCAGUUCCUCAAGCAGAGCACCCUCCCCACUGGCACCCACGCUCUUGCUCCUGCUCCUGGUGUUUCAACUUCUUCUGCUGCUGCUGGUGCUGGUGCUGGUGCCACUGGUGGAGCUGCUGCUGGUGGUGCUGCUGGUGGUGAUGUUUCUGAUGCGACGAGCACGGAUGGGAGUAGCGAUGGUGGUGGGGAUGCGGAUGAUGAUGAUGAUGAUGAUGAUGAUGAUGAUGAUGAUGAUGCUGCGAGUGUGAGCACACAGCUGUCAGACGACGCUCCUCCCCACCAUUCCAGUCUCGACACUGCUGUGUACAGCCGCCCGCCUCCCACUCGUGCUGCUGCCACUGCUGGUGCUGGUUCCGGUGCAGAUCGUGCGGGGGCAGGUGGUUCUGCUGCUGCUCGCGGUGCUUAUAGGAGAGCAGAGGAGGAGGAAGAGGAGGAGGAGGAUGAUGGGUUGGAUGAGGGUAGCGAUGAGGAGAGUGAGGAAGAGGAGGAGAGGAGGAGACGACUAGGCGGCGGCAUGGGACCUACCAGCAGCCGCAUCGGACCGACCAGCAGCGGUGGCAGCAGCAGGAGUACUGCUGACGCCAUAACUAGCAGGGGGGCGCCUGGACCAUCAGCAACAGCAUCUGCAGCAUCAGCUGCAGCGGCGGCGACGGCGGCUGCUCGAAGCGCUUACAGCAACCAUGCUGGGGAGUAUGAUGACAGCAGUGACUACACGAGCAGCAGCGAGAGCGAGAUUGGUGUGCAUGUAACAAGGCGGCUGGCCGGCAUGGGGAAUCCCGGCAUGGGGAGGGGUGCUACUGAGGGCAGUCUGCCUGCAGGCGCUUCAGGGGCUGCAGGCGCUGGGCAAAGUAUGGCAGCUGGAGGAGUGGCAGCAGCAGCAGCUGGAGGAGGAGCAGCAGGAGGAGGAAGUGCGGGCGGAACAGGGGCAGGUGGAACAGGAGGAGGAGGAGGAGGAGGAGGAGGAGCAGCAGCAGCAGCAGCAGCAGCUGGGAGAGGUGGUGGAGUUGGUAGUUUUGCAGCAGGGGCAGGUGGUGGUGGUGGGCGUGGUAGUGGCAGUGGCGGUGCAGUGGUAGUGAACCGGAUGAACGACUCGGGGAGCUUCAGUGCUGGAGGCAGUGGCAGUGUGGUGACAUACAGUGGCAGCGAGCGAGACGAGGAGGAGGAGGAUAGUGAUGGUGAUGACGAUGAUGGCAGCAUUGUUGUCAAAGGGCAGAGCUCCGGAGGGGAGCAAGAUGGCGAGGAGGAGGGGGAUGAAGAGGAGGAGGAGGAGGAGGUGGCAGCAGAUGGAACAGUGGCGGCCGGAGGAAGAAACCACCACCGCGCAUCAGCAUCAGCAUCAGCAUUGUCACCACCACCAUCGUCAUCAUCAUUGUUGUGUUCAGCGCUUCACACCCCACCACCACAUACCAGCGCUGCUGCUGCUGCCGGCGAAUCUGACGCCCCACGUCGGUCUGUGCGGUUCAAGCUCUCGCCUGAGAUCCGAGAGUUCACCGGGUCACCCUUGUCCGAUGAUGACUCCUACUCCUCUGGCUCCUCCGACGACUCCUCCCCGCCCCCCUCCACUCUCUCUGCUUCAAAAGCGAGGCUACAAGCGCUCCUGGCCCUGCAACAACAGCAGCAGCAGCAGCAGCAGGAACAGGAGCCACAGCUGCAGCACUCCAACUCGCAGCAUCCCCAGCCGCACCAGCAGCAGCAGAAGGGGAAGGGAGAGGAGGGAGAUGAAGAUGAGGAUGAGGAUGAGGACGAGUCGGAGAAAGAGGAGGACGUGCUGGAGAAUGAGGGAAGGAUGAAGGCUGAUUCGGGUUACAAAGUGGGUGCAGGGCAAAGGGGACAGGUCGCGGUGAUUGGAGCAGGGAGAGGAGGAGGGGGAGGAGGAGGGGGAGGAGGAGGGGAAGGAGGUGUGGGUGGAGGGAGGGGGAGGGGGUCGCCAGGUGUGGCAGGAAACUUAGGGACGGGUAACAUGUCACAGCAGCAGCAGCAACAGCAACAGGGGCGGAUGGGAUAUGAGAGACGAGUAGAUGGUUUGCAGGGUAGCAAUAUGGUGGAGGACUCAGAUUCUGACGAGUUCUAUUCUGAUGACAGUGGCGAAGAGGGGGGCGGGAUGACAGCGGGCAGCCACAGCAUGGCCCGUCCUGGACUAGGAGCCACAGGAGGCACAGGAGGUGCAGGCAGGGGGGGGAUGGUGGCAGUUGGAGGGAGAGGGAGUGGUAUGGGCUGGGGAGGAGGGGCAAUGGAAAGAGGGGUGGGGUUGAGGACUGGUGGUGGUGGAGUGAACAGUGGAUAUGGGAGGGGUACAGGUGGUGAUGGUGAGGGGGUUGGUCCUGGUGCCGAUGAGUAUGAGGAUGAGUAUGAUGACGAGGAAGAGGAGGAUGAUGAUGGGGCAGGGUCCUUUGCGGGAUUCGGGGCAGGGUUGGGAUGAGAUGAGACAUUGUCGAAGUGUGGUGUUUCCGGGUUUCAGUAUGUGCUUUCCUUGUCAAAAUACGCACAUGGUAUUGUGCACGAGGAAUUGGGGGAGGGUAAUAAGAUACCGUAGUACCCUUACUACUGAACUGACUUUCUGGGUGUGUGUGUCCUGUCCUGUCUUGUGGUCUUUAGAUACUGUUGAGUAAGCUGAGCUGAUGUGGGGCAGCGCCCUGCAGAUAUGCUCCUAACCGUGCUGAUGAUUUUCCUUGACUCUUGCUCUUGCAAUGCAAUGCAAGAUGCUGUGUGCAUUUUUCAUUUCGUUCUGACUGAACACCUGAU